CACCCCACCAAACGUCAUGGAUCCACCCGUGGAAAAGUACAUGUGUACAUCGGAAACGAAGCUCAGAUGGAGUUGACCAUUUCUUAAAACUGUACCUUCAAAAUGGUAAAAAUCGUACUCGCUGGUGGCGCCGGCAAUGUUGGACGGGAAGUAUUGGAGACACUUCUAGCGGACGGUAAACAUGAGAUCAAAGUAUUUUCGCGAAAAGAAGUUCCAGACUUAGCUAGACAAGGAGUCACAGUAAAUAUUAUAGAUUAUCUAGACAAAGCAGCACUUGUGCAUGCACUCGAAGGAGUCGACACCGUUCUCUCAUUUAUCAUUACGUUCAAUGAUCCAAAUAAUCAAUCUCAGACAAAUCUCAUUGAUGCAUGCAUCGAAGCCGGCGUUCGUCGGUUCGCACCCAGUGAGUGGGCUACCAGAAGUCAUUGCGGAAUCCCCGCAUAUGAAGGAAAAGAUCAAAUAUAUGAUUAUCUCCGAGAAAUGAAUAAAGAGAAAAGGGUCUUGGAAUUCACCUUGUUUCAGUGUGGAUUGUUCUUGAAUUAUUUCAGUUACCCACAUCCCUCGACGAAAUUCAUGCAAAUAUUUCCAAUGCCGAUAGAUGUUGAGAAUUGUAGAGCUAUCAUUCUUAAGGAUACAAAGGCCAGAAUCACUUUGACCUCCGUGCAAGAUUUGGCAAGAAUUGUCACUAAGGCAGUGGACUAUGAAGGCGCAUGGCCAGAAGUUAGCGGAAUUCGUGCCAAUCAAAUAUCGGUCUUGGACUUCAUUGGGCUUUGUGAGAAAAUUAGAGGACAAAAGUUCGUCGUGGAAUCUAUUGAAAAGGGUGACUUGGAAGAGGGUAAAUUUACAUCUUCCUGGUUCCCUGUCAUCGUGCACCCUUCGGUUCCGGAAGAUCAAAAAGAUGCUUUCUCACAGAGUUAUUUUUCAGCAUUCAUUCUGGCACUUGAGCGUGGUGGCUGGGAUGCUUCUAACGAGUGGAAUGGGUUGUUGCCAGACUUUCGAUUCACAUCUGCUGAAGAGUUUCUGUCGAAUAUUUGGAAGCACGGGUCAUGAUUGGUUCAUUGACUAGAGAUUAGGUCUGAUGGCGGGGCAUCUGAAUUCCUUCUAAAUACCUGGGGUUUAGCACAAUCCAUCGAUUGGCUUCUAUCUUGUCAAGAAAUCAAAAGACAUUGAAAGCUGAUCUCUGCCUGGAUUUCAACCCAUGAAAUCGUUGCAUCGUAAUUUUGAACAUUGGAGGACCCAUGCCUGUAUUUGUCUUCUGAAUAUCGCAACGUCGAAUCCUCGAAUCAAAUUUGUAAGCCCGAUGCUCGACGCAUAGAUCCCUGCCUUGAAUUGGACCACUGUUUAUGAAUUUGAAAUGUACUCUAGAUCACCGUAGAGAAGCUGGCAGGGUACCCGAGAACCAUUGAUCUGUUCUUCUGGACAAUGUAUAUCUGCUGCCUAGUCGUACUACGACCCUGGAGCAAGAUGCAUACUAUUCGUCAAUAUACGAGGUGACGGCGUACCACACGCUUUCCUUGACACAGGAGCAUUGUGUUAUGAUUAGUAUUCGCUUGUGGUAAGAUAUCGAGAAGAGUCGAUGCAGUCCACGGUAUGUAGAAGAUCCAAACACUUUUCGUUAGACGACCAACGAUGUAUUGU